UCCGGUUCCUUGUCCGGCGGCGGCGGCGGCUCUGCGUCCGCGUCUGACAACAUGAGCUCGGCGGCGUUUCACAGCGUGUUGUUGGACAUCUCCAACGAGCUGCACGGCGAACAGCUGGAGAAAAUGAAGUUUCUUUGUAAAAGCCACAUAGGCAAGAACCAGCUGGAGAAGAUCGACACGGGCUUCAAACUCUUCCAAGCGCUGAUGGAAAGAAACCUGCUGGACGCCAGCAACACGGAGCUGCUGCGCGGCGUGCUGCGCAGGGUCGGCCGGGAGGACCUGGUGGGCAAACUGAGCGGCACCAACGAACACGUGGCCGGACGGAGUGACGCGCAGCCGGACGAGCAGCCGGACGAGGCGGAGAGAGUCAAACUGGAUGCUGCUGCAGAUGUGAUUGCCGAGAAUAUUGGGAGGACAUGGCGCAAAUUUGGCCGCAAGCUCCGUCUGAGUGAGGUCAAACUAGACUCCAUCGCCAAGCGACACCCAUCAGACCUGGAGGAGACAGUGUUGGACCUCCUGAGGGAGUGGCGGAAGGGACAAGGAAGAGAGGCCUGUGUCAAGGAUCUCAUAAACGCCCUUCGAGCAUGUGAUCAUAACUUCACAGCACACAAAGUGGAGACAAAGCUUUCUGCGAUGUCACGGCCCCUGACCUAGAUGAGGAGGUGAACUAAUGAUGACACUCAAGUUGUGAUUGAAAAGAAGAUAGUCUACGUCACUUAAAGAUGUUAGGUGGGAAUGAAUGACAGGAAUGGUGACUUGGCUGAUUGUUUAGGGAUAUUUUGUUCAGGGAGACCAUUGACCAGUUGUUUUAGAAAAACCACAUGCCUGCUUUAGAUUCACUUCCUAUUGACACUGCUUUAAUUUUGCUGUAGCGCUUCGAGAUACAUGUCAAAUAAUUCAGUGUUCUUAUGGGAAAAGUGCCAUUUCAUAGCUGUCUUGUAAUUAUCCAUUAAAGAACAGAUCUU